GGAGAAACUUUUGUUUAAUUAAUUCAAUAACAUAUGAAAUAUCAUUAUUUCAGCUUAUUUUCAUUUAAACUGCCCAAUAUCUGUGGUUGAAUUCAUGACGUAAUUGGAUACUGUUAUUUAUUUAUUAUUAUCUACUAUUUACCAAUCUUCGCUUCAAACUUGGUUCAAAGGAGAUAAGCAGCGAUUCACAUCCCAUCAUUACCCACAUAUUUCAGUUCUUGAUAAAUUCAUCUGCUUAUAGAUGUUAAUUCUUAUACCUUAUCUGUUAUCAAUUCCAACAGAAUAUUCUGAACACGAAUAUGUUUCUCAGAAGAUUCCAAAACCAUAUUAUUUCAUCUCAAAUAAGCAAAAAGCUUUCAAAUGCUGCCUCUGUUAUCAAUACUAAGCUUGACACUAAUUCACAACAAUAUAAAGACAAUUCUUGUUAUAUGUUAGAGUUAAUUGAGACUCUUCAUGAAAAAACAACAGAAAUACUCAAAGGAGGUGGAUCAAAGGCACUCAAAAGGCAUAAAUCUUGUGGAAAAUUACUUGUACGAGAAAGGAUAAAUUUACUUCUUGACUCGAAUAGCUCAUUUUUAGAGCUUUCAUCUUUAGCAGCUAAUGGAAUGUAUGAUGGAUCCAUAAAAUCUGCAGGAAUUGUGACAGGAAUAGGAAGAAUUCAUGGAAAUAACUGUAUGAUUGUAGCGAAUGAUGCUACAGUUAAGGGAGGUACCUACUUUCCAAUGACUGUAAAAAAACAUUUGAGAGCUCAAGAAAUUGCAAUCGCCAACAAAUUACCAUGUAUUUAUUUAGUGGAUAGUGGUGGUGCAUUUUUACCACUUCAAUCAGAAGUUUUUCCAGAUAAGGAACAUUUUGGGAGAAUUUUCUUCAACCAAGCUACUAUGUCUUCAAUGGAUAUAGCACAGAUUGCUGUUGUUAUGGGAUCUUGCACUGCAGGAGGUGCUUAUGUACCUGCAAUGGCAGAUGAAUCCGUAAUUGUAAAAAAACAAGGUACAAUAUUUUUAGCAGGUCCACCUUUAGUCAAAUCAUCCACAGGGGAAAUUGUUACUGCUGAAGAAUUGGGAGGUGCAGAUCUCCAUUGCUCAACAUCUGGUGUAACAGAUCAUUAUGCGCUCAAUGAUGAGCAUGCUCUACAGAUCGCCAGAGAUAUAGUGAAAAAUUUGAAUAUAAGUGCAAAAAAUGAGUUUUCUGAUGAUUUUGAAGAUCCAAUAUACGAUAGCGAAGAAUUAUAUGGAAUAAUCGGUAAAGAUUUACAAAAGCCAAUUGAUGUGCGAGAAGUAAUUGCAAGAGUUUUUGAUGGGUCGAAAUUCAAUGAAUUCAAGAAAAAAUAUGGAGAAACGUUAGUAUGCGGUUUCUCACAAUUAUAUGGAAAAACCGUUGGCAUUAUAGGAAAUAAUGGUGUCCUUUUUUCUGAAUCUGCCCUGAAGGGAGCACACUUUGUUCAACUAUGCUCUCAAAGAAAAAUUCCUAUUAUUUUCCUGCAGAAUAUAACAGGAUUUAUGGUGGGGAAACAAGCAGAAACUGGUGGAAUAGCAAAAAAUGGAGCAAAGUUAGUGACUGCUGUUGCAACCAGUAAAGUUCCUAAAAUAACUCUGAUCAUUGGAGGUUCAUUUGGAGCUGGAAAUUAUGGAAUGUGUGGAAGAUCUUAUUCACCGAGGUUUUUGUAUAUGUGGCCUAAUUCAAAAAUAUCUGUUAUGGGAGGACCACAAGCUGCUGGAGUUUUAUCUCAAGUAGCAAAUAAAAACAAGGAUUGGAGCUCUGAGAAAAUAAGUGAAUUUGAAAAACCUAUCAUAGAUGAAUUCGAGAAAGAAAGCAGUGCUUAUUUUAGUUCUGCCAGAUUAUGGGAUGAUGGUGUUAUAGAUCCAAAAGACACAAGGAAAAUUCUUGGUCUCAGUUUGGCUGCUUCUCUCAAUAAUUGUGAUAUAGAAGAAUCAAAACAUGGAAUUUUCAGAAUGUAAAAUAUUACUAGUAUUUUAAUGAAUUUGAAAUUAUUAAAGAAUAUCAAUUUAA